CAGCAAGGCCUUUGCUGAUUGUGGUUAAUGAUUGAGCCAAAGGUUGCUCUCGGUAGAGCUGAGAUCCUGCCCCGCCCCGGGAGCAGCAGGGCGCAGGGGCUUUGCAGACCCAGCUGGACCCAGCAGAUGCCUGCCCCCCAGCAUUACCCCGAGCUGAUCCAGCAGCACCGGCAGGCCCUGCUCUGCUGGAUUAAGGGGAACCCCCAGCCCCUGCUGCGUCGGCUCCACGACACCAAGGUGCUGAGCCAGGACGAGUACUUCAACCUGCUGGAGACGGCCCCCGAGAUGAACCAGGUCAUCGCGCUGCUGGAGUCGGUCAGCCAGGGUGUCGAGCGGAGCCGGUGCUUCCUGGAGGCGCUGCGGGAGCUGCAGGAGGAAUACGGCGCCGAGCUCCAGCAAUGGCUGAAGGAGAAGUACCCGGAGAAAAAGAGACCGUGUCCUCCAUUGCAACCAGACAAUCCCAACCCUCCGAAAUCCAACCACACAUUCCUGCGGAAAAUCCUGCGGAAACACACCAAGAAGUAUGAGCCAACCCCAGAGCCGCCAGGUGAGGAGCGCACCGGGAACCUGAACUUCCGAAAGGCCCCGAGCGCCCCGCUGAAAGCUGUCCUGCAGCGGCACCGGGCCUCUCUGCUGCGGCAUACCCAGCAGCUGUGCACCAACGCCUGUGACGCCCGCUCCUGCGGCCUCCUCGAGAUCCGCUACACCCCGCUGCUGCUGCUGGACAACUCCAGCCCCACCGCCCCCCCCGGGCACGAGCACCUGGCCCUGGCCGCCCACCGCGCCCGCCUCCUCCCGCCCCACCCCCCCCCCCGGCCCCCCCCCCCCCCCCCCCUGGCCCCGCUGCCCACCGAGACCCAGGCCCCCCGCCGGGUGGCCCUGAGCGGCGCCGCUGGCAUCGGCAAGAGCGUGACCGUGCAGAAGAUCUUGCACGACUGGGCGCUGGGCGCGGCGUUCCAGGGCCCCCUUUGCGCCUUGGAUUUCUCCUGCCGGGAGCUCAGCGUGAUGUCCAGCCCAGUCACGCUGGAGGGGCUGAUCUGUGCCAAGCGUCCCCACCUCCAGGAGGUGCUGCCCGAGCUGCUGGCGCGGCCAGGGGACCUCCUCAUCCUCGUGGACGGUUUGGACGAAUUCCGGCACCCGCUGGAAGGCGGAACUCCCCGCCACCGGCCCGGCCACCCGGCCCACGUCAAGGAGCUGCUGCGGGGACUCCUCGACGGGACCCUGCUGCCCGGGGCGGCCGUCGUGGUGACGUCCCGGCCGUGCCCGGCCCUCUCCGGCAUCCCCUUUGAUCGCCGCUUGCUGAUCCUCGGCUUUGACGAGGACCAGGUGGAGGACUACUUCCACCGGUUCUUCCGGGAUGCCGAGCGAGCCGCUGCCGUGCAGGGCUACAUCUCCGGCCACCAAGGCUUAGCCGGGCUUUGCUUCAUCCCCCUCUACUGCUUCAUCUUAUGCACCGCCCUGGGGGAGUUCUUCCCCGCCGGCCAGGCAGCUGACCCAUCUCCGCCCACCACCAUCACCGAGGUCUAUCGCUGCUAUAUGGCCACCAUCCUGGGUCGCAGCUGGUCUCCGGAGCCGGGUGCCGGGCAGCUGGUCCUGCACCUGGGGCGCCUGGCGUACGCCGCCCUGUUGGCCGGCAAGAUCCUCUUCACCCCAGCUGAGCUGCGGGAAUUCGGAUUCGACCCCCAAGACCUUCCGGGCACUUUCUUCAACCCCAUCUUCUCCAGAGAAGACCACCAGGUCUAUUGCUUCUUCCACCUGACGGUGCAGGAGUUCCUGGCCGCGCUCUACUGCGUGGCUGCCCUGGAUCCUGGCGCCGAGGACCUCACGUCCUGCCUGGAUCUCUGGUGGGAGGGAUUGGCCCAGCAGGACGGGGACCCGGAGCCCUCCUGGACGUCACCAGGCGAAUCCAGUCUCCUCCACUCCACCAGGCAGCUCCUGAGGGGCCACCAGCCCCGGUGGGACAAUCUCCAGAUGUUCGCCAGGUUCUUCAUGGGGCUGCUGACCUCCAGGAUGGAGGGGAAGCUGGAGGGGUUGGCCGCAGGCUUCUCCGGAGACGUGCUGGGGCCCGUGGCGGACUGGCUGGGGAGGAAGCUCAGGGGAGACACCGAGAGGCGCCUCCUCUCGCUCCUGCACUGCGUGGCGGAGCUGCGCCAGGAGGGGGUGACGGGCCGGGUGGCCCGCGAGCUGGAGGACGUCAACCUCUUCAAGGUGACCCUCAAUCCAGCCGACUGCGCCGCCCUGGCCUACGUGCUGGGGGCCUCCGAGCCCGGGAGAGUGAAGAACCUCAACUUGAGCUACAGCAACAUGGGCAUGGCUGGGCUGCGCAGGAUCCGGGGGCUGUUGCACCGCUGCGAGACGCUGCAGUUGCGCUACAAUUCUCUGGACAAGGAGGCAGCCGUCAUAGAGGCUGAGGUGCUGAGAUCCCCCCAGUGCCAAGUGAAACGGCUGCUACUGUGCGGGAACUGCCUGGGAUCGGAGGGGGCGAGGCGGCUGUGGGAGGCCCUGCGGGAGAACCGCACGCUGGAGGAGCUGUACCUGGACAUCACCGGCAUCACCGACAGCGGCCUGGACAACCUGCUGCCCUGUCUCCUGGCCAACAGCACCCUCCGGCUCCUGACCAUCGUGGGGAACCGGCUGAGCGAGGCCGGGCAGCGGAUCCUGUCGGAGCUGAGCCGUCGCAAGCCAGGCCUGAAGGUGAUCAGCACGUUCGAGAGCGACAUGGGCCUGCUCCAGGCCUACCUGGACUGGGUGGAAGAGAUCAAGGCCGACCCCGACCAGAUGGACGCCGUGAAGAACGCCGACGCCCUGCGCUGCAUCGUCUCCGUCCUCCGGGACUUGGACGAAUCCAGGACCAGCCCCGAGGCCCGGGCCAGAAUCCGAGAGCUGAGGAGAGAGAUCAGCGCCCUCCUGGGGGAGAAGGAAUGAAAGCUCCCCCAGGCCCAGCGAGCCCAGCCCCACAGAGCCGCCCGCCUCGGACCAGACCGCGCUGGAGAAGAUGCCCGUCGUGCCCUCCUGCCCUACCCCCGGCUCUGCCACGCCUUGGAUCCUGGGUCGCCCCUCGGCCGGGGCCCUGUCCUCCAUCACCGUGCCUGUCCGGCUCGACGCCCUCGCCUACCUGCUCAACAGCGCCCUCCUAGGGGCCUACUCGGCCUUGCCACAGACGCCCCUCUCCGGCAGCCACGGGGCAUUGGCCAUGGGUCACGGCGGGCCUCCCCAACAUGCACUGGGCUGCGGGUGUCAGCCACGCUACUGCUGCGGCCCCCAGCCGGUUCGGGUGGGGUGCUGUGGGUCUGGCGCCGUGGGGCAGAGCAGCGCCGGCUGCUCCCAAGAGAUACCCGGGGGCCGCGGCGAUUGGCAGGACUCCUCUGCAAGAUGGGACCGGCGAGGGUCUCCGUCGCUGAGUGGCUGGGGGGAGAACCGGCGAGCAAGGGGGCAGAAAGAUUUCAGUCGGCCCUGGGGGGGGCAGAGGCCGUGGGGCGAGGCGGACUCAGCCCCACGCAAGGCGGGACAGUGGGGGCCGGGGAGAGCCCAGAGCUCAGAUUAUGCGGCCAGGAAGCGGAACCAAGAUGGCUGCCCGUGGGACGCCCCUGGGGCGAAGAGAUGGUCUAGUGGGGGGGUGAAGAGAUGGGGGGAAAUCGAGGCAGCCAAAGCCACCAGGGAAGAUUGGGAGGCAGAUUACGGGGGAUCCAACGCCCGAGGGAGCGUCUUGGAGAAAGCCCGGUCUUCCCAGCCCAGCCUCCCAGCUUCCCAGGAAGGAGAAGACUGGGAAAAGGAGUAUGAGGAGUCCCCCAAAUCGGCGCCGGGGGUUCCCCCUCUUCCACAGGUGGCUUUGAAGGUUCAACCGGCCUCCCUCCAGGAGAGGACAACGCCCCGCCCAGCUAGCAAGGACGGCAGCGUCUCCAGCUAUCUCCAGAACCUCUUUGCCGACCUGCGCGGGGGGUCCAGCACCGCCUCAGAGCCGCGCCAGGGGACACAGCCCCCUGGAGGUGCCGCCGAACGUGGGACACGGUUCCCGGAAGGAGGAGGAGGCCCGAGUGUCCAGGGGUCUGCCAAGCUCGGCGAUUUCACGGCCCAGCGCGUUGACCUCCCCAGAGCCGCCGCAGAGAACGAGGACAGUGCGUGAGCCCUGGGCUGUGGAAAGGCCUGUCAGGGCUCCCGCCUAGGCCGAAGCUGGGGCCUCAUGGUUCUCCCAUCCAACCGGCCACCCGUUGCUGACUCCACCAGCCCACCGGGCUCGGCCGUUCAGCCAAGGGUUGGUUUGUUGUUAACUCCGUUCUUUUUCAUCCUCCAGCAUCUACCCAUCCUCCUCCAUUCCUAACCUGUCCCAACAAGUCUUCUACACAUGAUCCUCCCUUCCUAGCCCUCUUCCCAUCAUCCUCCAUUCCUAGCCUUCUACCCAUGAUCCUCCAUUCCUAACCUGCCCCAACAAAUCUUCUACCCAUGAUCCUCCCUUCCUAGCCCUCUACUCAUCAUUCUCCAUUUCUAGCCGUCUACCCAUGAUCCUCCAUUCCUAACCUGCCCCACAAAUCUUCUACCCAUGAUCCUCCCUUCCUAGCCUUCUACCCAUCAUCCUCCAUUCCUAGCCUUCUACCCAUCAUCCUCCAUUCCUAACCUGCCCCAACAAGUCUUCUACCCAUCAUCCUCCCUUCCUAGCCCUCUACCCAUCAUCCUCCAUUCCUAACCCUCUACCUGUCACCCUCCACCCCAAACAAGCCUUUUCCCCAGGAUCCUCCAUUCCCAACCUCUUGUCUUUCUCUGUCCAAAGAUUUUGAUGUUGAUUUAGGUUUAAAAAUGAUCAGAAAUGGGGGUUUGCCCAAAGAGCAACAGAGCGAGCCAGAUUUCUGUUGUGUUUGUCUCUUUUAAUUGGUUACUUUCCAAGAUUUGGUUAUGAAACAAACCCAAAUCCCCUGUCCUCUACCCCAGAGUGCCAGGUGACGGGCAUUUGGUAUCUUUUCAUUACUAACUUGAACCUUUGUUUGUAUGUCCGGGUUAGAAAACGAAACUCAAAUUAGUGCCCCCCGUGUUCUGCAAAUGAACGCCGUGGUUUGUGUCACGUGCUUUGCGUUGAGUGGACGCGUACAUGUCACGCAGGGCUCUACCCUGCUUCACAAGAUCAGGGCCUAAACUUCUUGAUGUCAAAGGUCUGGAGAUUAGUCCUAGCUUUAAAAAAAACCCCACAAAAUAUUCCGUGCAUUUUUACACACACCCACCCCCGAAUUCUUAUUUUGUAUCAUGACGUUUGGAAUUUCUCAAGAUUUGUGGCUUUCUUUCUAGGUUUAAAACCACGCCAAGGGCCAGGCUGUUUGGAAGUCUUGUUAGAGUUGACUCCCUGACAGCGUUAAGUUGUGUUUGCAAAGAGAGUUGGAUUGUGAGUUGUUUGAACGUGUUGAAACGUUUCUCUGGGGAGAUUAUGGGUUUGAGCUCAGCUCUCUGUGUAAGUCUGUAUCGAUGACAUGGGUGAGCCAGUCACUCUGCCAACUACCCCAGAUCUCAGGGAGUACAGUCAAUCGAUUGCUAAAAUAUAGAUGUUAGGCAAUAAAAUUUCUCUCGGCUGUAUGGAGAUUGAAAAAGUGAGUGUCACUUAUUGCAUAUGCUGUUUGUGUCAUAUCUGCAGUAUAACUUCUGUGCACUACAAAGGAAAAAAAUGGUGAAUUUGACUUCCUGCAUUUAUGAUCUAGCAAUCAUUCGAAUCUCCCGUUUUCACCGCUGUAUAUCCCAGAGAAAUUGUAUUGCAACUAGAACUCUGUCUUUGGGCUAGAGAUUUAUACACAGGUUUAUACAAAACUUCAAUAUGAUUUGUUGCCUCUAAGACAUAUAGAUGCAAUCAUAGAAAUUUGCCGGUUUCAUCUGUAUAGCCCAUGCCUAUAUGAUAGAUAUAGCCCAGAAAAAUGAUAUUGUCAUGAUCUAUAUGCAGAAUAACUCUACCCAUUCUCUGCCAUGUGUAGAGAUUAAAAUAGUGAAUUUGAAUGAUUGCACGUUUGAAUGAUUGCAGAGGAAUUCUAUUGCCCAUAGAGUUCUGUCUUGUGCUAUCGAGAGGUUUCAUUUCCAUAUGGCUUGUUGCACAUGUGACAAAGAGCUGCAUUAAUAGAAAUCCAGCACUUGAAUCUAUAUUGCAUGUACAUUAUAUCGCAUAUCCGAUGUGUAUGGCACAGAAAUGAUAUUUUGCUGUGAUCUCUGACAGGCUAUAUACCAGUGUUUCUCAAACUGGGGUCGCCGCUUGUGUCGGGAAAGCCCCUGGCGGG